UUUAUUUUCGGUCUUACAGAAGAACACAACCCAAAAAAAAAGAAAAAAAAAACACUCAAUUUUCUUUGCUUUCUUUACAACACACCACGAAAAUCAAACUACCAGAUUACCCAGGAAUUCCACGACCGGAGAAUUCAAGCUAUUCAAUUUGUUCAACAAUUAGGGAAAAAUUUAAAGAAAUCAGAUAGCUUUUGGUGUUAAAGGCACUUAAAGAAGUGAAGUUUGGGGCCAUUCUCUCCCCUGAGCACACACUUUACUUGCUUAUUGAAGUUUUGAGAGGAUGGUCCACCGCACCAUGAGAUGUUGAUUAAUGGAUUUUGAAGGCAAGAAGUUUGGAAGAGAAGUCCUUAGUUUCUUCUGUAUUUGGAGGCAAGGCACACUAAUUGUCCGUCCUAAUGAAGAUCCUAAAGACCAAUGCUGGUCCUCUUACUAAUUUUGAAGUGCUUGACCUACUACGAUCGAAAGGGGCUUCAACGGAUCCUACUCGUGUUAUGUCUUUGUUAACGCCUUCUGAGUUUAAGGUUUAUGAUUAUUUGGUUCAAAGUCCUGCUUGUGAUCAGACAAGAGAAAGUGUUAAUGAGUUUUUAGAGAAAUCCAAAGAGUACCAGCUAGCAAAAGCUGAGGUCAUCAACAUCCUUAACAACCGUCCCUCUUCGGCAGCUGAAUUGGCUCCGAUCAUUGAGGCGUUGGAACAACGCAAUUGGGACGUAGAUACGGUGUUGGAUGAGAUGGCGGAGAUGAUAGUUCAGGUGCUGCCACCCUCUCCAAACGAGAAAAACAUGGAUGAGGAAGCUGCUGAGGAUGAUAAUACAGCACAAGUUGCUGACGAGGAUAAUGCAGAAGAUAAUAUGGAGGACGAGAAUGCCGUUGCUGACGAGGAUAAUGAAGGAGAAGAGAUGGACGCCAGCUGAUUUUCUGUCUAGAUGAACUUGUGCAGAUUAUUAGAAAUGUUAGUUCAUAGCUAUUGUAGGACAAAUUUUGAUCAGAAUGAGUAUGUAAUGAAUGUUUUUUGCUUUUAUCUUUGGCAGAACUGCCUUUGAACCAAUUUGUUAGUGAUGGUGAAGUGCCAAUUUGUUUUGUUGUUAGUCCUA